ACAUAUUCGAGCUCAUACCUUCUCCUUCAUCUUCUUCGCGGUGUCCAAACUCAGCUCCUGAAGUCGUGCUCUGCUCUCAGUCGUCGGCUCUUCGCGUAGCUCUCCUUCAGACUUUACGCGAGUGCUCGUGGUCCUUAUCCAGUCGUCCUGCUCGUGCUCAGCCGCAGAGGAGGUGAAUUUAUUGCUGUCUACUCCUUAAUUUUAUCAAUCUGAACCAAGCCCUCGUUUCUUUCUUUGUCAAACAUGAUUAAUUAUAAGGAAUAUGGAAUGAACUUCCAGAUUGUUAUAGCUUGAGAGAGGUCAGUCAAGAAAAUUAAGGUCAUCUGCCACAUUCACCAUCAUGUCAUUGUUGUGCUUAAGUUCGCCAUCAACAAGCUGAGCCAGUUGAGAAGACCAAAGUUGAUCGAGCCAAAUUGAAAGGCCCUGGGCACUGUGGAUGGAGAUAAUGUCUAUUCCAUUCUCCAUCUUCAUCUUAUUUGAAUAUAUCUUUUUCUGAAACUCUGAAUGAUGCCAUGCUGUUUUACUUGGUAAGUAUUAAUGGUUUUUUAUAAGAUUCUAUCCCCUCCCCUAACUUUUGAGUUCUCAGGUUUUCUAUGAUGUUGUGCCUCUUUACUUUGUCAAUGCUAGUGCCAUUUCCUGUGAUGAAUUUUUUGUUCCAAAUAAUUUUGAGGUCGAGUGUUGUUUACUAUUUUUCAUUCAGAAUUUGAGCAGCAUGUGGAAGCUGGAACCUUGUGGAUACAUAUCCAAGAAGAAACACGUAACCUCAAUACUUUAAGAGUUAUGAGAAUUUCUUGCCAGUCAUCCACGUUAGUCUUCAUAUGUUAGUGCAGAGGAUCCUGAUACAUGUUCAUAUUAGAAAUUGAUUGUUACGAAACCCUUUAUUGAACAAAAUUAUGCCAAAACCUGUUGAUUUUCAGAUUUCGUAUCAAAUUAUUGCUGAAUUUUACUUGCAUAUUCACUACUAUGAACGUCCGUGCACUGGCCAAUCAUUAUGCAGCCCAACUCAGUCUAUGCUACUCCCUCAGUCCCAUCAACAGUACCUGGGCUCGAGCUAUCCAUGCUCACAUGAUAACUUCCGGGUUCAAGCCACGGGGUCACAUACUCAACCGCCUAAUAGACAUAUAUUGUAAAUCAACCAAGAUUGGCUAUGCCCGUAAACUGUUCAACAGAAUUCCCAACCCAGAUAUUGUUGCAAGAACCACAUUCAUUGCAACAUAUUCUGCUAUGGGUAAUCUAAAGCUGGCUGAGGAAAUAUUUAAUAAAACCCCAUUGCUUAUGCGAGACACAGUUAGUUACAAUGCCAUGAUUACAGCCUACUCUCAUCAUGAUGAUGGUCAUGCUGCUGUUGAUCUCUUUCGAGAAAUGAAACAAGAAGGGUUUAGUCCUGACAAUUUUACUUUCUCCAGUGUGCUCAGUGCAUUGGCACUUGUAGCUGAUGAUGAAAAACAGUGCCAACAGCUGCAUUGUGAAGUAAUUAAGUUGGGAUUAGGGACAGUGACGUCAGUACUAAAUGCAUUAAUAUGUGCUUAUGUUCACUGUGCAUCUGCACCCAAAGUAUCUUCCUCAUUGUUGAUGGCUGCUGCUAGAAAGUUGUUUGAUGAGAUGCCUCAGAAGGAUGAAACAUCAUGGACAAUAAUGAUUACUGGGUAUGUCAGAAAUGAUGAUCUCAGUGCAGCUCAUGAAUUACUUGAUGGGAUGACAGAAAACAUAGAGGUUGCCUGGAAUGCGAUGAUUUCUGGUUAUGUGCAUCAUGCAUAUUAUGAGGCAGCAUUUGACUUGUUCAGAAAAAUGCAUUCUAGGGGAAUUCUAAAAGAUGCCUAUACCUACACAAGUUUGAUUAGUGCUUCUUCUAAUGCUGGUUUGUUUGAAUAUGGAAAACAGCUGCAUGCUUAUAUUCUGAGAACAGAGGUGCAACCUUCAAAGGACUUUUUGUUGUCCGUGAAUAAUGCCUUAGUUACAUUAUAUAGUACAUUUGGUAAACUAGUCGAGGCAAGACAUAUUUUUGAUAAAAUGCCCCUUAAAGAUAUUGUUUCAUGGAAUUCAAUUCUGUCAGGGUAUGCUAAUGUUGGGUGCCUUGAGGAAGCUAAAUCCAUAUUUAAAGACAUGCUUGAGAAAAAUCUCCUAACAUGGACUGUGAUGAUAUCAGGCUUAGGACAAAAUGGUUUUGGAGAAGAGGGAUUGCAGUUACUCAGCCAAAUGAAAUUGGAGGGACUUGAACCAUGUGAUUAUGCAUAUGCUGGAGCAAUUAAAUCUUGUGCUGUUCUAGGAUCACUAGAGAAUGGAAGGCAGCUUCAUUCUCAGGUCAUCCAAUUGGGCCAUCAUUCAAGCCUUUCAGUUGGCAACGCACUAAUUACUAUGUAUGCAAGAUGUGGUGUCGUUGAAUCUGCUUAUUCCAUGUUCCUCACAAUGCCUUAUGUGGAUCCAGUGUCCUGGAAUGCCAUGAUUGCAGCUCUUGCACAACAUGGACAUGGUGUCCAAGCUAUACAACUUUAUGAGGAGAUGUUGAAGGAAGAUAUAUUACCUGAUAGAAUAACUUUUCUCACAGUUCUUUCUGCUUGUAGUCAUGCAGGCUUGGUUAGAGAAGGACGUCAUUAUUUUGACACAAUGGGUGGUUAUGGUAUAACCCCAGGGGAAGAUCAUUAUGCUCGUAUGAUUGAUUUGUUAUGCCGUGCUGGUAUGUUCUCUGAAGCAAAGAGUCUAAUCAAGACAAUGCCUUUUAAGUCAGGUGCGCCAAUUUGGGAAGCUAUUCUUGCUGGUUGUCGCAUUCAUGGGAACAUAGAUUUAGGCAUUGAAGCUGCCAAACAACUCUUUGAGCUAAUGCCUCAGCAUGAUGGGACCUAUAUACUCCUUUCCAAUAUGUAUGCUACUUUAGGCCAAUGGGAAGACGUAGCCAAAGUGCGAAAACUAAUGAGGGAACGAGGUGUUAAGAAGGAACCUGGUUGUAGUUGGAUUGAAGUUGAAAACAAGGUCCAUGUCUUCUUAGUUGAUGAUACUGUGCACCCUGAGGUUCAAGCAGUGUACAUAUAUCUAGAACAAUUGGUAUUUGAAAUGAGGAAAUUGGGGUACAUCCCUGAUACAAAGUUUAUAUUACAUGAUAUGGAAUCUGAGUACAAGGAACAUGCCUUGUCUACCCACAGUGAAAAGCUUGCUGUUGUUUUUGGAAUUAUGAAGCUUCCUAAAGCAGCUACAAUAAGAGUGUUUAAAAACCUGAGGAUUUGUGGGGAUUGCCAUAAUGCAUUCAAGUUCAUUUCCAAAGUGGUGGAACGUGAGAUAGUUGUGAGAGAUGGGAAGAGGUUUCACCAUUUUAGACAUGGUGAAUGUUCUUGUGGUGACUAUUGGUAGGCAGAGGUUUUGUUACUUGAUUAUCUAUCAAGGGAUGUCAAUAUCAAAAGUUGUAAAUGGAUUUGAAGUAUAUGAAGUGGAGUAUUAGCGAAUCUGAGAUCCAAAAUUGAGACUGGCAGUGGCUUCAAAAUGAUCUAUAAAAGAUUGAUUCAUUGUAGUAGGAAAAUUUAUUUUAUUCCUUCUUCUUUUUUUGGCAUUCAUUUUGCUAAUUCUUUCUUUUCACUAUUCUUCUGUAUGACAUUUUUUUCUUUCAUUUAUGUUCUUACUUUUGUUUUCCUAA